CUUAAUUUGUUUUGUCAGAGCACAAUUGUAACUAAUCAAGAUAUCAUUUCUCUGCUUUAAAAUAUGUGUAGUCAUAUUUAUUAUUAUAACGAAUAUAAAUCUAAAAGAAAGAAGGAAGAGUUCCUUAUAAAUAAAUAGGUGCAAUUAUUGGUACAUAUCGAGAAAAAAGCGGCUCCAUUUUCUGGACAUAUAUGUUGAGACAACCAUUACAAGAGAAUCAGAUUGUUGCAUGGAAAUUUUGUCAUGUUUUGCACAAAGUAUUACGUGAGGGACAUCCCCGGGUUAUUGUCGAUUCUCAGCGAUAUCGUGGCAAGUUAGAAGAUAUUGGGAAAUUGUGGCAACACCUUAGAGAGGGCUAUGGGCGUCUCAUACAAUUGUAUACAAGACUAUUAAUCACUAAAUUAGAUUAUCACAAACGGAAUCCGCGCUUACCUGGAAAUUUGCAAGUAACGCCAGAGGAAUUAGAGGCGAUUGGAGAAAAUGAUAUUAAUGUAUACUUCCAGAUGUCUGUUGAGAUGUUCGAUUACAUGGAUGACAUCCUGAAUUUACAGCAUGCAGUCUUCGGCUCAUUGGACUUGUCGCGAUCCAAUUCGAUGACACCUUGCGGACAAUGUCGACUCGCACCUUUGAUCCCGUGUAUUCAGGACGCUUCGCAGCUGUACGAUUGUUGCGUGAAAAUCUUGUUUAAACUUCACGGCGCCCUCCCGGCGGACACGUUGACCGGACAUCGCGAUAGGUUUUCGAAGCAGUUUCACGAGUUGAAGAGCUUUUACAAUACCAUCAAACAUAUGCAGUAUUUUAAACAUUUAAUAGCGAUUCCGUCAUUACCCGAGAACCCACCUAACUUUUUGAUACAAGCCGAACUAAGAACGUAUGUCACGCCGAUAGUGGUACUUCCACCCGAAGAAUCCAUAGACAACGAGACUGCCAUAGAGAACCUUAUUGAUACGUCUGAUACGGGAUCUUUCACGGGCGAUCAAUUAGAUUCUACGAAUACAAGAAACGGCUCGAUAUCACCUGACGCUCUUGCGGAAAGAGACAGUCUUAUUGAUCAUCUGUAUCAAGUAAAUGGUCGCCAAAGGCAAGAAAUAAAUCGGUUUUUAAUAGAGCAUCAACAAAUAAUCGCAGAUCUUAGAAGUCGCGUUUUAGAACUGGAAUCAACACUGUCUUCUAAGAGCAAUGAAAUCGUAACAGAGAAACAAACUUGUCAAAAACUAAUGAAGGAAAAUUUGAUUAUAUUAGAAAGAUUUCAAGAAAUAGAAGGAAAAAAUGAAGUCGUAGAGGAAAAAUUCAAAAAGCUAAAAGAUGUUUAUUCGAAAUUGAGAGAAGAACAUAUCAAUUUGAUUCGAAAGAAAGCUGAACUGGAAAAAGAAUUGGGAGGACUGAAAAUAUCACGAGAGCAAUCUGAACGUCGAAUGUUGAAGGCUGAGGAACGACUGCAGGAAUUACUUCAAGGACAAGGAUCGGCAGAGCAGGAAGCACAAAAAGUGACGCAAGCACGCAAAGAUUUAGAGGAUGUUAGAAAGAGGCUGGACGCCGCCCAAACCGAAAAUUUGGCAUUAGCAGCAAAAAUAGAUUUUAUUACGUCUGAGAAGACAGCUUUGGAAGGGGAUCUUCAUGACUUACUGGUGCAGAAAGAAGAGCUGGAUUUGCGGAUAGUAAAUUUAGAAACUGAUGGCGAACGAUAUCGCAAUCAAGUAAAAACGGAUGCCAAUACAGCUUUAUUUGAUUUAUUACUGAAUGCUAUAUCGGAAGCGGAAUCCAUUUUACAUCAUGCGAUGCACGCUAUCGAUAAUCCAGCCAUAUCGGCAUUAACCUGUACGCCCGACUAUCUCGAAAACUUAUUGGAGCCGACAGAAAAAUCGUUAAACGAUUUAGAGGAGGCUUACAACAAUUAUAUAUCCGAUACAACGAAGGGAAAAGCGCUGAUUCGCACCGCUAUACACAGCGCAUACUUCCUGGCUCUCUAUUUAAUAUAUGCGAAAUCCACUUCGAACACAUCGACGGAUAUCGGUUUAGCCGAUCGAUUUGCCGACGAGUGCAAACAAUUAGGUUCGCAAGGUUUAAUUAUAUUGAGUUAUAUUAAAGAAAAAUCCUCGAUGACUGUAGUACAAAUUGCAAAUGUCAAAAGUCAAUUACAAAAGAUUUCGUCUCUUAUAAAUGCAUUAUCGACUACUCAAAACAACGUGGAAAUUAUUGGAAGCUUAGUGGAAAAUGAGUUGCAGAGUAUGGAUAAAGCUAUAGAAGAAGCAGUUGCAAGAAUACAGGAUAUGUUGGAUAAAUCACGCGCGGCGGAUUCGGGUCUAAAGUUAAAAGUGAAUGAACAGAUCUUGGAUUCUUGCACAGAACUAAUGAAAUAUAUAAGAAAAUUAGUGCAAAGGUCUCGCUUGCUACAGAAAGAGAUUGUGAAACAAGGAAAGGGAACCGCUUCGGUCACCGAAUUUUACAAACGCAAUCAUCAGUGGUCUGAGGGGCUUAUCUCGGCAGCGAAGGCGAUUGCCAUGGGUGCAAACUUUUUGCUAGAAGCAGCAGACAAAGUGGUAUUGGGCAAUGGUAAAUUUGAACAAUUGGUUGUUGCUUCACAAGGAAUCGCGGCAUCUACUGCGCAAUUGGUAGUUGCUAGCAGAGUCAAAGCUGACAGAAACAGUACCAAUUUAACUGAACUCUCCAAGGCUUCGAGAGAAGUGACACAGGCUACAGCAAAUGUUGUUGCGACUGUUAAGAGCUGCAAUCAUCUCGUUGAGGAAAAUGAAGAUUUGGAUAUGUCUAGUCUCAGCUUACAUCAGGCUAAGAGACUGGAAAUGGAGGCGCAAGUUCGAAUCUUGGAAUUGGAACAAGGUCUGGAAACUGAGAGAUUACGUUUAGCUGCUCUUCGACGUUAUCAUUAUCAGCUCGAUGGUGACAACGAGGCAUAGGCAAGUAAUGGAUUGAGUUUAAAUGAAGAAUAUUCAACGAUCACGAGAAGUAUAUGUAGAUAAAGAAUUGUAGCAGUCAUGUAAAUUAGUUUACUAAACUAACUAAUGUCGUGCAGAAAAUUGUUUCUUCGUUGUUAGAAACAAAAUUUAUUCGUUUAGUCUCAGCAUUUAUGUAUCAUGCAUAUUAUGCGUGUCUCGAAGAUCAAUAAUAAUUUUCUAACCAGUAAUGGAAAUCGAUUGUGAAUGUACUUUAUUGAAUGACGCUCAAAUAUAUUUACAUUUACCAGCUACAUAUCAAAAUAAUUUAUAUUAUGUCAUUUUUAAUGUAAAAUUUGAUAUAAAUUUAUUUCACGUCAUCUCUUAUUGAAUUAUAUCAUCGAGCAUUUAUGAGAUAAAGUACAUUUUGUAAAGAAAAUAAUGUAACGAGCAAUGAAAUUCAAAAUGUCCAAGUUUUUAUUACAUUUGGAAUAAUUUUAUAAAAAAAUCAUGUUUUUUCCUAAGAAAAUAAUGAUAUACACUAAAAGAGGAUUGUCAAGUAGUCAAUAUAUUUAAAACUUUAAACUUAUAAAGAUAUUAAUUCUUUAAUGCAUAAAGUACUCUUUUGUUCUCUCUUAAGUAGAUAAUUUGUAUGUCGUAUAUCAAUUAAUUUAAGCUUUAAAGAGUACAAUUUUUUUAUUUUCAUCGCCGAGAGAUUUCAAAAUGCCGAUGUAUAAGAUGUAAAUACUCGGCGCGUAUAUAAAACUUAACACAAAAUUUCUCUAACAGUCUUACCAAAGUUAUUUUGUGAACACAGUUUUCUCAAUAAAUUAUCGAGAAUUAUCUGUGUUGCUAAUUUUCGUAUAAGUUAGUAUACAUGCGACUACAUUAAUAUAUAUAUAUAUAAAUAUAUAUAUAUUUUUUUUAAUCUGUUAUCUUAUGUAAUGAUCAUGCGAAUCACACGAGCAACAUUUUGUCGCGAGAAUUUUAAAUAAAUCGAAACGCAAAGUC